AUAAUUCAUAUGUAAGCGAUGCAUCAAAUAGCUUAAUUUCAUUGCGCGAUGCGUUCAAGUGACAAAUGGCUUUAGCACUAGGGAUUGAGGGAUCUGCAAAUAAGGUGGGAGUGGGAAUCGUCCGUGAGGAUGGAACGAUCUUGUCAAAUCCUCGACAUACGUACAUAACUCCGCCAGGACAAGGUUUCCUGCCCAAAGAGACAGCUAUCCAUCAUCAGGAACACAUUGUAAGCCUGGUUCAGCAAGCUCUCAAGGAAGCUGGAGUGUCACCCGUUGACAUAUCAUGCAUUGCCUACACCAAGGGACCGGGGAUGGGAGGGCCUCUGGUGACAUGUGCAGUGGUGGCGCGCAUGCUGGCACUGCUGUGGAAGGUUCCCAUCAUCGGCGUGAACCACUGCGUGGGCCACAUCGAGAUGGGGCGCAUUGUGACAGGGGCCAAGGACCCUGUCGUGCUCUAUGUCAGCGGUGGCAACACUCAGGUGAUUGCCUACUCGGAGCGGCGGUACAGGAUUUUUGGGGAGACAAUUGACAUCGCGGUCGGCAACUGUCUUGACCGCUUUGCGCGCGUGCUCAACCUGUCCAAUGACCCCAGCCCAGGAUACAACAUAGAGCAGCUGGCCAAGGGAGGCAGCCGUCUGAUCGAGAUGCCCUACGCGGUCAAGGGGAUGGACGUAUCUUUCUCGGGGUUGCUGUCGUUCAUAGAGGGGGCCGCGGCGGAGCUUUUGGCCAAAGGGGAGGCAACACCUGCGGACCUGUGCUUCUCGCUGCAGGAGACCGUAUUUGCCAUGCUGGUCGAGAUUACGGAGCGUGCCAUGGCGCACUGCAACGCACCGGACGUGCUGAUCGUAGGCGGCGUCGGCUGCAACAUGCGCCUGCAGGAGAUGAUGGGUGUGAUGGUAUCUGAGCGCGGAGGGAGCCUGUACUCGACGGACGACCGGUACUGCAUUGACAAUGGCGCCAUGAUCGCGUGGCCGGGGCUCCUGGCCUUCAAGCAGGGGCAGGCCACGCGCCUGCAGGACACCACCUGCACGCAGCGCUUCCGCACUGACGAAGUGGAGGUCACCUGGCGCGAUUGAACAGCCUUUCACGUGUUUUUCCUUAUUUGGGAGGCACGGGAAUGACUGCAUGCUGCUGCGUGCAGCUUGGGGCAGCUGGGUUUGUCAUUCAAAAGUGGCGAUUGAGGAUUGGGAUUGGACAUUGCAGAGACAGGUUCUGCAUGACAGCAUCAUCAAUUUUGUGGGCUUGGCCAUGUUGUAAGAAGCAGCAUGGUGCUGUUUGGGACUAGCCAGAUUGCGAGCAGCCCCGCCAUGCACUGCAAGGGCAUCUGCAACCUUGCAUGGUUUGCAUGAAAGCUUGCGGCAUGGUGCAGGCUUAGUUGAGUUGGUGCUGUAAUAGCAGGCGGAGGGCUGUGCCAUACAAUGUCCGGACUUGGCUUACGGACUUUGCUGAACAUGCACCUGGUGGGUACAAUAGCUUUACAGCGGAAUAUUGGGCAUGCAAGCUUAAGGGACAAAGCAGUGCCCGGUCUAAGUUUGCUGAGAUGGUAUUCUGGGAAGAUUCCCUCAUCAGCUACCGCCUGUUUUAUUUCCGAACAAGUUCAAUUUGCAUCGACAGGAAAGACUGCACAAGCGCUGGUGCGCCUUUCAGGACCCUUAAUGCGUUGCCCAAGCUCCCACAAGUGCUCACAACAGAGCGCGUCAUGUGCUUUUGACACACAGCAAGCGGCAAGCAAUGGACUCUAAAGGAUUGAGAUCUGGGGUCACCCAAAGCUCACCAGCAAGACUGCCGCUAAGCAUUUGCAUGUCACAGCGCGCCUAAUGCAGCAGCCACAUUGCUGCUGCCAACAUGUAUAUUUGGACCACCACAAUUGAUUGAUACCAGUCAUCUGGCAGGUGAUUGUUCCAGGGACAUUUUAGACACCAAGCAACUCGUGCCUAUGAACUGCGCUGCGAGCCCCUGCAUGAGACAUGCGAGACUCGCACAUGCCAGGGACUCCAGACCUGCCUACAAUUCAGACUUAUCAAGCCAAGUCUGAUCAGCUGAAGCAGAGCCCAUCAGCUUUCAUCAUCUUCCUAUUUGUCCGCAUCUUUGCCAUGUAAUUGACGGCGGAUCUCCCCUGAUAUUGCUGCCACUGCUGUGCGCCCAUACCACACAGCAGCAAUUCAACACCUCUUCCUUCUCUUCUUUUGCCGGCAGUUU